AUGGCGACGACGCAGGGGCAGCAGCAGACGGCGAUUGACCCGGCGGUUCUCGAUGAUAUAAUCAGGCGGCUCACGGAGGUCCGGUUAGCUAGACCGGGGAAGCAAGUCCAGCUCUCGGAGGCUGAGAUCAAACAGCUCUGCACUACCGCUAGAGAUAUUUUCCUUCAGCAACCCAAUUUGCUUGAGCUCGAGGCACCCAUCAAAAUCUGCGGUGACAUACAUGGGCAAUACAGUGAUUUGCUGAGGCUGUUUGAGUACGGUGGCUUCCCUCCUAGUGCCAACUAUCUCUUCCUUGGGGACUAUGUGGACAGAGGCAAACAGAGUCUUGAAACGAUAUGUCUCUUGCUAGCUUACAAGAUCAAGUACCCAGGGAACUUUUUUCUGCUAAGGGGAAACCACGAGUGUGCUUCUAUCAAUCGGAUAUACGGAUUUUACGAUGAAUGCAAAAGGAGGUUCAAUGUGAGAGUGUGGAAGGUGUUCACAGACUGUUUUAACUGUCUUCCUGUUGCGGCACUCAUUGAUGACAAGAUAUUGUGCAUGCACGGUGGUCUUUCCCCGGAGCUCAACCAUUUGGAUGAGAUUAGAAGCUUGCCACGUCCCACGAUGAUUCCUGACACCGGGCUGCUCUGUGAUUUGCUCUGGUCUGAUCCUGGUAAAGAUGUUAAAGGGUGGGGAGCGAAUGAUAGAGGCGUUUCGUAUACUUUUGGUGCUGAUAAAGUCUCUGAGUUCUUAACGAAACAUGAUCUAGACCUUGUGUGCCGUGCCCAUCAGGUUGUGGAGGAUGGUUAUGAGUUUUUCGCUGAUAGACAACUUGUGACGGUGUUUUCUGCUCCUAACUACUGUGGUGAGUUUGAUAACGCUGGUGCGAUGAUGAGCGUGGACGAGAACCUUAUGUGCUCGUUUCAGAUUUUGAAGCCUGCUGAGAAGAAGACCAAAUUCAUGAUGUCCACAAAGAUUUGA